AGGAUUAAUGGCAUUUACAUCUCGUUCAGGGCAAUAUUUUGGCACUCUCUUCAUCCAGUCAUACUUAGGAUCCCACAGCUGAACUUGUUAAUGAAAUUCCCGCUCACAGUUAAAAAUAAAAAAUAAAAAAAAUACUGAAUAUGAAUGUGGAAGAAAGGCAAUUUGAUGUUUGUAAUUAUUGAGGUAAGUUCCACAACCUGCUGAAUGUAUGCAAAAUGGAGCCUGGACGGUGUAUAUAAAAGUGGCACGCACAGAGAACAAGAGCAAGUAUUGAGACUUCUUUCUGGUAGAGAAAGUCAUCAUACCAAAUACUUAACAUGAGCAACAAGGGAGAUUUGUGGAAAGAUUUGUUGCUGGUGGUCCUGCUGGUGUCCAACAUGCUCCUGACAAAGGAAGGAGUGACCUCCUUGCCAAUCUGCCCCAGUGGAUCUGUCAAUUGCCAAGUUUCCCUUGGGGAACUUUUUGACCGAGCAGUUAAACUUUCACACUACAUCCACUUCCUCUCUUCAGAAAUAUUCAAUGAAUUUGAUGAACGCUAUGCCCAGGGCAGGGGUUUUAUUACAAAAGCUGUUAAUGGCUGCCACACUUCCUCCUUAACCACUCCUGAAGAUAAGGAGCAAGCUCAGCAGAUCCAUCAUGAAGACUUACUCAAUUUAGUAAUGGCAGUGCUGCGCUCCUGGAAUGAUCCCCUGAUUCAUCUGGCCUCUGAAGUACAAAGAAUCAAAGAAGCUCCAGACACCAUCCUCUGGAAGGCUGUAGAGAUUGAAGAACAAAACAAGCGGCUUCUAGAAGGGAUGGAGAAAAUAGUUGGGCGGGUUAACUCUGGUGAGAUUGGAAAUGAAGUUUCCUCUCAGUGGGAAGGCCUCCCAUCCCUGCAGCUCGCUGAUGAGGACUCCAGACUCUUUGCCUUUUACAAUCUGCUGCAUUGCCUCCGCCGAGAUUCCCACAAAAUUGACAACUAUCUCAAGCUUCUGAAGUGCCGCCUAAUCCAUGAUAGCAACUGUUAAAUACCCAUAGGCCUAAUCACUUACUGAAAUAAUUCAUCACGGUGUUCUUGUUGCUUUGCCACUUCUCAUUGCAAACUUCAUGAAAAUCCAUAUUGCACAGCAUCAGGAUCAUCAGCAUCUUUCAGGCAUGUUUGUGUGAAUUCUGGCUGCAACUAUUAUCGCCAUUUAUCUGGGUGUUUUAAAAUAUUAUAAAUUACCUAUGUGACAAGAAUACACUUUUCUGUCUAAUCUCCUCACCUAGUAGUACUUCAGUGAUAACCAGAUCAUGCAGAUACAAAUAAAAAUGUUAUUAAAUCCAAAA